UUCAUGACGGAGGGGUUGGGGAAAGGUGGGGUCUGGCUCUGUGCGCCCCAGCUGGCGACCCCACCCCUCGGCAACCCCGCCCAGAUCUGGCAGAGCCCCAGGCGAACCCGGGCGGGUAGGGAGGCGGGGAGAAGCUGCCGGUUGAAGGCGGGGCGGGCGGCUGCCAAGCCGGCCAAUAGGCGGCUCUCCAUCGCCGAGCCGGGAGAGGGCAGGGGUGCCGCCGCUAUAGCACCACCGCCUUCCAAGUUUCCCUUUCUGGAUGCACAGCCCGGGUGCCUCCGCUCUUCCCGGCACAGAGGAGCCCCAAGAGGCCGCAGGAGCGGACUCGGAACGGGAUUUCAGAGGAAAGGGAGAGGAAGGGUGCCCCACCCGCUCUGGAGGGGUUCGGUGAACGAUGAAGAGCCGGCGGCGGCGCCGCCGGGAGUACUGCAAGUUCGCGCUGCUGUUGGUGCUCUACACGCUGGUGCUGCUGCUCGUCCCCUCCGUUCGGGACGGCGGCCGCGACGGGACAAGGGCGCCGGGUCAGUCCCCACGAACCAGGGCACUCAGCACGUCGUCCCAGCACUGGAGGAGCCACGCUGUGGAGGCAGUCUAUCACGCUGUCAGAGACUGGGACUGGACUUGGUACCAACUGCUGUGCAAUUCUACAAGUAG